AUGAGUUCAUCUUUGGAAAUAGAGAAAUCACAAGGUGUGGAUGUCUCUAUCAGAAGUGUUGGGGAGGUGUUCUAUAAUAAAGACUAUGUUACUUUAGGUGAUACUACAUAUAAACGUUCAGAUCUAAUAGCUGCGUUAAGACCGGAGAUAGAUGAUUCCGACGCCUAUCCAACUCGUGAAAGAUCUACUGUUAGAAAAUUAGCCAAUCCAGUCCCUCUUGGGCUAGCGUCCUUCUCCUUAUCAUGUCUAACGUUAUCCCUGGUCAAUGCAAAUGUUCGUGGUGUCACUAAUGUCAAAUUGUUAAUCAGUUGUUUCAUGUUUUUCGGUGGUGCUAUUGAAUUGUUUGCAGGUCUUUUAUGUUUCGUUACCGGUGAUACUUAUGCUAUGACGGUUUUCAGUUCCUUCGGUGGAUUCUGGAUCUCAUGGGGUUGUAUUAAUACAGAUCAGUUCCAUAGUAUAUCUGCAUAUGGUGAUGAUACAACUAUGUUAAAUAAUAUUAUCGGGUUUUUCCUUGCAGGCUGGACCGUAUUCACAUUUUUGAUGUUGAUGUGUACUUUAAAGAGUACCUGGGGACUAUUCCUUCUACUGACUUUCUUAGAUUUGACUUUCUUACUAUUAUGUAUCGGUUGUUUCAUUGAUAAUAAUAAUGUUAAGAUGGCAGGUGGUUAUUUCGGUAUCCUGUCCAGUUGUUGUGGUUGGUACUCCCUGUAUUGUUGUGUUGUUACAGAAGAUAAUUCAUAUUUCCAUUUCAAACCAACUAUGAUGCCUAAUGCUCCAGUUGUUUAG